GAGUCUCAUGUCCACUUAUCGGGUGUGUAAAGCCUCAGUGUCCUUUUGGAUAUGUUCGUGACAAAAAUGGCUGUCCAACUUGCCAAUGCAAAAGUAAGUUUAUGUCAAUAUACUUUGAUAUAUUGAAUAUAUUAUUAUAUAGUUAUAUAAUAAAUUUAUUUAAUAACAUAAAACCGAUUUUUGUAUAGAUAUACGUUGUUUAUUUCUCCAUGACUGACAAUAGUUAUACAAUUUUAGUUAUAUUCUAGUCAGUAAUUCUUGAUGUUGCUGCAAAAGAAGUCGCCAUGCAUGUUUAUUGAACAAAUUUGGCACACAAUUUUCCUUAUUUGAAAUUAAAAUAUUAACCAACAAUGCGAAAUUCUGCCUGAAUUUGACUCUCUGGAGAUUGUUUGAAUACAAUCGUGUUUAUAAUUAACUAAGAUUGAAAAUUGAUAUAUGACGUUUUGAAACUAUUUCUCUAUCAAAAAUAAUUUCCUUUCUUUUAUUACCUCACUAAAAGAACUGAAGUGUCGAAAAAUAUUUUGCACUCUACAAUAUGCUCCAGUAUGUGGAUCAGAUGGAAAGACCUAUGGUAACAUCUGUUUCUUGAAUGCGGCUGAUUGUGAGAGUGAAGAAGAUAUCACGGUAGUUCACCCUGGUCCAUGCCGUAAGUAAAAUAAUUCUAAUUGAAUGCUAGAAGCUUUUCAACAGCCCCAUGGAAUUUGGACAUACACUUUGUCUUUGAUGAAUGAGCGUAUGAUUUUGCAUACAAUUUGCGUUAAAUAUAUAUACGUAAAAUAUAUAUCACGAUAAAGUUCAAAAAUAAUUUUCACUGAAUACUUCAAAAUUUCGAUAAGCCCACUGAAAUCUAAUUAUACGGACAAUAUAUUCCAUAUAAAAAUAAACUAAGAAAUUAAUUUCUUUAAGUUCAGAUAGGUGGCUAUAAUAUUCUUUAAUUUAACAUCAUUUACUUAUUCGUUUUCUCAACAUUGAUUGGCUAAUUUCCCUAAAAUUAACUAGCUGGAGAGAAUAAUAAGUCAGCUUCAAAUAACUGGUGCAAAUAAUGGUCUGAGCGUGCGCACUUUUGAAAUGAAUUUUUAAUUGCAAAAUAUCGAUUUACGCAUGUGCAUUUAAGAUUUUUGAAAAGCAAUUAAAAUAAACACGACAGUAAACAUAUAGCUUGUUAAAUGUUCAGAUAUUGCGAUUGUACAGAUUUGUUGAACUUCAAUUCGUGACAGCCACAAAAUUUCGAGAAUGAAUAAGUAAAUGAUAAAACAAUUAUUGAACCCGGUUAUCGCAAAAUAACGCGAUUUGUCAGUGGCUCGCAGAUCGAUUAUUUGCCUCUUGCCCUCGGCAUCCGGAAAUAAUCUGCUCGCCAAUGCAUGACAAAUCGUAAUAUUUUGCUCAACCUCGUCCAAUAAGUGUAUACAAUUUUUUUUCAGACUGUAUCGAUAUUUCCAGUAGCUAUCGAUAUUCAAUUCCUGCUAUAAAUAUCGAUAUUCCUACCUCAUUCUUGCGCCCCCGAAUAUGAAACAUCUACUAUUUUACAUGAUAAAAAUUGUGUAUAUGCGAAAAUUCUGAAUUUGAUGACAGAUGAAGUUCGCAUUUUCGCUCAAAUUCCACAGAUGCGAAAUAACAGAUGAUUUUUUUCUUGGAACGAACUAGCUCGCUUAAACAAACUAAAUUAAUAUAAUUAUUUACUUAAAUUUCAGGCCGGUGAAAAACUGAAAAACAGGAAAAGGACAAGACCAUUGUUAGAUUGUUUGUUUGUUUGCAUGCACAUGCAAUGGAGAUGUUAAGUCCAAGUACUUUUAGUGACAUGACCUGUAUUAGCUUAUAGCUUCUCACUUCCUAGGAGUGAGAAUUGAAACGUAAUUUUCGCACAGUAUGUAAUUAAUUUUUAAGGAGUAUACAUGCGGUCCUUUUAAUAAAAGUUAAAUUCACUAUGAAAUGGCUACUGAUUUUUCAAUAUUAUACGGUAGGAUAAAGCGAUAUUACGCAAGGCAAUUACUCUUUGCUGCAAUAGAAUUUCAAAUAUACAGAUUUAACCGUGGGUGAUGCAAAUGCAGAACUUUCCUGCAAUAACUAUGUGGGAAAUUGCAUGCGUCGCAAGUUGCAAGAAAAAUUCCUGUGGUUUAUGUACCGGGUGUCCCCCAAAAAGGUACUCCUGUUUGAUUCGUAAUAACUUCUAAACAAGUAAAGCUUUUAAAGAGAAAUAACUUGCAUCAAAUAGAGGAAGGACUAACUAAUUAGAUUUUGAUAUAUUACAGUUGUAUUUCACUUAAAAAUUCACGGAGAUACUGACCUUUAAAUUCGGGAGCAUAUUUCUGGAUGUGUCUGAAAUAUGCAAGAAACGGCGUAUCAAAUAUUAAUCAAGAUUUGCCCGACUGAAACAUGCACUAUUAGUUAGAGCUAUAUCCAAGAAUCUUUGCGGAUAUGCUCGCAAUUUAUGUUGCCUCCGCGUAUAGAUAAAAAGUUUUGCAAUUGUUUGCAGUUAACGAACUGUUAUCCGACAUGGCAUAAAUGUCUUUGCCCUUUCUUUUGAAGUCUGAAAUGAAAUGAAUUUCGCAUCAUCUCGCAACUGGUGGGACAACUAAUGUACAAUCCAAUUACAGAACUAUAGCGCAAAACGGCGUUUCGUAACCAGACCAUAUCUUCUGGUCGCGCUUGUAAAGUGAGACGUGUCGAAAAAUUUUGACAAGGAUCCUCAUAAUUAUGCACCUCUAGGUUGAUUUGUACCACUGUCAACAACCAAAAUGCUAUAUUAUAAUGUUAUUGUGCAUUUAAAUUAUUGCAGCCAGUUAUAGGAUAAUUGCCGUAUUGGCCUCAAAGAUAGGUUGCAAAUAUACCAAAAUUGUGCUAUAAGAAUAAUUAGCUACUGGGCCGGCCACUUACGAUAUUCGGUCAACUGAUUUACUUGAGAAUCUAAAUUGGAAACCUCUCGAAGACGAAACAACCAUGCAUCAGUCUAUUUUCAUUCAUAAAAUUUUAAAUGGCCUCACCGCACCCAAUCUUAAAGAAGCAUUUCAAUCUAUUAAUGAAAGACUUAAUACACACAAUCUCAGAAAUAGGGAUACUGUAAGAUUUAGCACCACCUAUGCCGAAAAGAGAAUCUGCAAGCGGUGCUUCAGUUAUUGCGGUGGCUUGCACUGAAAUAAUCUUCUCCAUGAGUCAAAAAAUCGCUGAAACCUUAAGAUCUUUCCGAUCAAUAUUAGAACAGUGAAGAGUUGAAACUUGCUCGUGUGUGAUCGUGCAUUAAAAAUCAUCGUAUUUUCUUGUUCUUUUCCUGCAAUCUAGUCUCAUUUCAUAUAUAUAUUUUUUUGUAAAUAGCUAUAAUUCUAUAUUUCAACCCCUUUUCCCGUGGUUAAACAAAGGUUGUAUGUAUGUAUGUAUGUAUGUAUACGUAUGUAUACAUACAGUGUGUAUUCAUAUCGGCGCCCUCGUGUUUAAAAUUGCAAGUUUUUGCAGCACAAACUGCUGUUCUAAUAUUGCUCUAUACAUGCACUUUUAAUAUAGAUGUCGUAUGUCCACAGAUCGAGUGUGUAACUCCUUGUCCUUUUGGAUAUAUUGGCCCCGUAAAUGGCUGUCCCACCUGCCAAUGCAAAAGUAAGUUUAUAUAAAUACACAUUGACACUUUGAACAUGAGUUGUUUGGGUUGUACAAUAAAUAACAUUAAAACAACAACACUAUUACCAGUUCAAGUACAUAUCUACAUGCAUGGUGGUUUAUUUAUUUAUAACUAUAAUUUUUGUGUACUCUAUUCAGUAAUUAUUGUCGUGCAAGUGUUGUCGGAUAUGGAAUAAAUCUCAUGGCGCACAUAUUCGUUAUUUCCAAUAAUUUAAAUCUUAAAUAGUUGCGAAAACUUAUACUUUGGUUGCGUACACCCCACCGUAAUUGAGACUGAAAAUAAUUUAUUUUAAUCUUUUUAACUAAUUAAUCAAUUUCUUCUCUGUCAUUGCUUCACAUCAAAGAACCAAACUGCCUAAAACCUUGUCCUUGCAUAAAAGAUCCAGUGUGUGGAUCAAAUGGAAAAACCUAUGCCAAUGAAUGUAUUUUGGAAAAUGCUAACUGUUUGAGUGAAGAAGAUAUCACGAAAGUUCACGACGGUCCUUGCAG